GUAGCCUAGAAGAUGGCGACAGGCAGCAGUAACAGCCAUGGGUGGGUCAGUUGUGAUCCAGCUUCAUGCUCUGAAGUAGAGCGACCACUGCCAGACCAAAUUCCCGAAACAGAACAGUCACGGGAUGCUGCUUCCUGCCUUAAUGCUGCAGAAUGGAUGCUGAGACGUUAUGGCACAUUCAUACCUGGAACAUCAGGCAGUUCCUCAGGCUCUUGGAAGGUUUUGGAAUCAAACAAGGAAUCCGGCUUCCUUGCUCUUACCAUAGUUGUUUCUGGCCAUUUUUUCAUUUCCAGAGGAAAGGAAGUAAUGGAAGGUUUUUCAUUGAUUGAUGCUUCUCAAUGGCUGAAGAUAGUUAGAAAUGCAGAUUGCAUGUUGUUUGGUUCAAAAACAAAGAGCAAACACCGUAUGUUUCGUGUUCAGUUUAUUGGAGACUCCAAAACACAGGCAGAGGAGCACUGCAAUAACUGUGUGCAGAAGCUUGCUGAUUAUGUUCCAGUUCAAGAAGUGAAUGCAGCUAGACAGGAAUUGCAACCAGUUCACAGCCUGCUGCUGGAUAAUGAGCGUCAGAUGAAAGAUGCUGAGCAAAAUUUACCUACUGAGCACAUUAUUGUAAAUCAAGCACAAGAAAGAGCAUCUGUAGCAGAGCUAGCACAGUAUGUGUUGACAUCAAACAUAGAGCUUCCUCUUGCAUAUCAACACUCCCAGUGGAAUGCUGAAGAUCUAGGCAGUUUCAUUCGAUUGUGUCUCUUGGAUCAGAGCUUCCCAGCAUUUGUGCAAGAAGUGGAGAACCAGUUGAAAAAAAUUACAGAUGAGUAG